GAGGAAAAUCAGUUCUAGACUAGCCUAGUCGAUCAACAUCAAUAUCCAAACUCAACACAAUAUAUCAAGCGAUUGUUAAUUUAGAUUUAAAUACAUAUUCAUCGAAUUGUUCAAUUAGCACAUUAUAAUUAAACUAUAUAUUAGUUUUCCCAAAAAUCACAGAGGAAUUCGAUAAUUGACAUUGUGUAAUUUAUGUUGAUAGAUUGUUUUUCCUGGCAGUUCAAAUUUCUACCAAAUUUUAACUUUUUUUGUAACUCAUCACUCCACCUCUCAUAUCAUAACAGAUAUGAUUUAAUCUACAAAAGCUCAUUUGAAUAUUUCUUGCAGUAGUAAGGAACUGGAACAACUAUAAUGAUGAAUCGUCUUGGAAGGUGUAUUGGCAGUUUAGCCUUACAGUGUCGUUCGUGUAAACUGUCCCAUAGAAUACCAAGUCAAAUAAACAUUGCACAAAGUAGACAAUCAAUUUACCAUCAUACCUGUCGAGGAAUAACAACAACACAGCAGUUAAAUAUGCGAGAUAAAGACAUUGAAGAAGUUGAAAAAAGACAAAUAAUGAAAGAAGGACAAUAUUUUGAGCAAAUAGCCAAAGUUGCUAAAAAUCGAGAAGCUUUUCAAGAAGCAGUAAUGCGUUAUAAAACACGACAAGGGGUCUACCACAGAGGACAUGUAGAAUUUAUAUAUGCUGCCAUGGAUAAAAUGACAAUGUUCAAUGUGCAUAAAGAUCUUGAAGUUUAUAAGACAAUUAUGAAGAUAUUCCCUGAAGAUAAAAUGGUGCCUACAAGCGUUUGGCAGGUGGAAUUCCAACACUACCCAAAACAACAAAAUUGCAUGAUUGACAUUUUGGAAAAGAUGGAAUAUAAUAGUGUAAUUCCUGAUGACGAAACUGGAAAGAUCAUCAAGAAAAUAUUUGGGACUAAAGUUCAUGCAUUUCGAAAGUACCAACGUAUGAUGUAUUGGAUGCCGAAAUUCAAGAAUGCCAACCCUUACCCAGUUCCUUUACACCUACCGGAAGAUGAAUCUGAGUUGGCCAUUUUAGCGUUGAAACGUAUGGCAGUGGAUAAAGAGAAUAUUGUUACUGUUCACCAGACUGAAGAGGAAGUGGAGUCCUGCAUUGAUGACACAUUUGUGGCAAGUGCCCAAAGUACAAUCCAGAGGGCGCUGAUCAAUGGACACCCUACAGAUAAGCCACUAUUUGUAGAGGGAGGUUAUAAAGUCUGGAUGAGGGAAAAAUGUCUGAAUUACUUCGUUCUUAAAGCUGAUCCAGUUCUUGAGAAAUAUGGCCAUGUUGAACAAAGAACUGAUGACAACUGGUUUGAGUGGAACAUGUUCACUGGAGAGAAAGACCAAUCAGAGAUAGCUGAGGCCAGAUCAAUGCAUGAACAGGACGAGGGAACAAUACUAGCGAUGUGCAUCACAGGCUCAAGUAGCAAGGACUCACUGAUAUCAUGGAUAAAACUCUUACAACUUUCAAAUCCUAAUUUACCUCAUAUACCUGUUGUGUUUGCAAUAAGGACUCCUGAAAGUGAACUGGAAACAAUCGAAGAUGAUCCACAUGGGGAUCUGGUGAAUAUCUAAUAUGUGAAUGAUUUAUAGUGAAUAAAG